AUGUAUACAUAUGACACUCCCUAUGAAGCCGUGCAAGGGGCCGUCAGGCGAGGAUGCACUUGGUGUGGCGAACUCAACAGACUUAUAAAGAUGCUGGGAUACCCUCCUGGGGAAACCACUGUCACCGUCUUCGUGGGCCUCGAUGAUGUGGACAACCAUUCAUGGACCCCACGGCAGAGUCAACUGGAAGUUCGGGUCGUAAUCAAUGGUAAAGGAAUCACCAACUUGUAUCACAUCUACACUGUCGCAGACGAUCCAGCAGCCGUUCAUUUUUCGGCCCGUGAACAAAUUACAGACCUCUGUACCCCGGAGAGCUUCGCCUUAGCUCGGGAAUGCAUCGACAACUGCGUCAAGUUUCACGCUGACUGCCAAAGCCCCGAUCUAUUCACGCUGCUUCCAGACCGCGUCAUCGAUUGCUCAGAUCCGUCAAACCCCAGACUCAUUCUCACCCAUGGAACUCAGCCAGGCCUGUAUAUAACGCUGAGCUACGUCUGGGGCAUUGACCAGCCUCUCAAACUCACCACUUCCAACAUCGAAGAGAUUGUCGGCCAUGGGAUACCCAUCUCAAGCCUCCCACGAACCAUCCGCGAUGCCAUCUUCGUUACCCACUCUCUCAAGUACCGAUACCUCUGGGUUGAUGCUCUCUGCAUCAUCCAAGAUUCCGACGCCGACAAGUUGAAACAAAUCUGUCAAAUGAGCCGCAUCUACCGCGAGAGCUACCUCACCAUCAUAGCAGCCAGCGCAGCUACCUCAAGGGAAGGCUUCCUGAGGCAAACCCGGCUGCAGAGAAACCCAUCAGCACGUGUACCCUUCCACAACAACAACCCCCGAGACCCAACAGGAAGCAGAGUAGGCAUCGUCUCCCUUCUCAACACACACGAAGCAUACUCCCCUCAUGGGAAAUCAGGCCUCCCCGUCGAACCAAUCGACUCCCGCGCCUGGACGCUGCAAGAGCAGGUCCUCCCCUCCCGCACUCUGAUCUACGACAGCGAGACCCUCAAAUACAACUGCCAGACCGAAGCCGUCAGCAUAGGCCAGGCGCUCUGCGGACCAAGCAGAGUGCGCCUUCCCAGGAUCCUCGCUUGUUCAACAUCAGGCCAACGAUCCAAAGAGUUGUCACCCCAAGAGAAAUGGGAGGCGCGUGUUGCGUGGCUUGAAAUCGUCGCUUCUUUCACACUGCGAUGGCACUCUCACGAGGGGGACAAGCUGCCCGCUCUGGCAGGCGUCGCAGAGCAGUUCUCCCGCGUGACUGGGGAUUCCUACCUUGCAGGACUGUGGAAAAAGUCUUUGGUGCCUGACCUUCUUUGGAGGGCGGUCAGAGAGAAGGAACUCGAUCCCAAGUCUUCGAGGCCGGCAAGAUACCGUGCUCCGUCGUGGUCGUGGGCGAGCGUGAAUUGGGGGGUAUACUAUGACAAUGCUACGUUCAUGGUGAAUGCUUCAAAGUAUAAGCAGAUGGAGGUGGUGGACUGUUGGGUCAGCCUUGCAGCUGUGGAGGCGCCGUUCGGGGAAGUGACGGAUGGUUCGUUACGCAUUAAGGCGGCAGUUUUAAGAGAGCCUUUUGUGCGUGAAAAGGCCGGCAGAUGGGAGCUUAUGGUAUUGAAUGAAGACGGGAAGCACAGCCAGAUUGGGAACGUUCAUUUUGAUGAUAUUGGGCCGAGAACGAGUGGGAUUGUUUUUGUUUUCCUUCAGUGGGACGAGGACUGGAAUGGGGAGGGUCUAGUGCUUGAAGAGCUGUCUAACGGACGUUUCAGGAGGGUUGGCAUGGUAGAUGCUUACCAAGCGCGGUGGAUAUAUGACUUGGAGGCUGUGGUGAUUGAGAUUGUUUGA